AAAAAAAGAGCGAGGACAAGAACAGCGACAGAACGAAAGAAAACCGCAACAAUUGCCUUCCCUUGCCGCCCAAUCUCGGCUGACCAUUUACAUCGGUUAUUGUACAGGAUGCUACUAUUAAAGUGAAGAAUAACAACCCAAACCAGUAAACAUCCGCUCGCAUACCAAACUCCUUCCAGAAUCUGGACAACGCUGUGGACAUGUUCGUCUGCCGAGCAUGCCUCAGGAGCCUCGUUGGAGGGAGCAUAAAUCCUGUUGAAACAAGACUGCUUCGCCCUUUGAGAAAGACUACGGACCUUGGAUCCAGGAGGAGGACAUUUGCAACGACGCUGGGAUCUAGAAACGGGCCACAGCUUCUCAACGUCGCAGAUUUGCGCGCUGCUCUCGCUGCUGACCCCGACGCGGCAGCCGAAGAAGAACCUCAGCCUGAGGAAACGACAACAUCAAAACAAGAUGUCGAUACGGCGCAACGACAAAAGAACCGGCUUGAAUGGGUUGUGAAUAAACAUCUCACCUGGCUCAAGGAUCCCGUCGAUAUUGCUGCCCAUGUCCGGAAGGCACUGGACAAGGACUCGGUCGACGAGGCUCUCUUGAUGGCGCGCAAGGCCAGCCGCAACACCAAGGUUGAGGUCAGCUGGAACCAUCUGAUCGACUAUCACAUGAAGAAGAAGCGUCUUCAUGCCGCCGUCAAGCUGUACCAAGAGAUGAAGAAACGCCAGCAAGUGCCCAAUGCCAGGACAUUCACCAUCAUCUUCCGCGGCUGUGCCGAGUCGAUACACCCGAAGCUAGCAGUCUCUGAAGCCGUCAAGAUAUACAACCAGAUGAUCAGCCACGGCAAUCUCAAGCCGAACACGAUCCACUUGAAUGCCGUCCUCGAGGUCUGCGCCCGCGCCAAUGACCUCGACAGCAUGCUCGCCAUCUUCGCCACCGCAGACGAAGCCAUUCGCUCCCCGGACUCACAUACCUACACCAUCGUUCUGAACGGCAUCCGAUAUGCCGCCCUGAGUGCCCACAAGGACACGGGCCUCAUUGACGCUGAGGUCAGGAGAGUCAUUGAUGAGCACAUUGACAGGGCAAGAGCAAUCUGGGCAAACGCGAUUGCGCGCUGGAGGAGCGGCAAAAUUCUCAUAGAUGAACACCUCGUGUGCGCUAUGGGCAGGAUUCUACUUCUAGGCGACUAUCACAGCAGCAACAGCAUCCUUGAUCUCCUGGAGCAGACCAUGAAGAUCCCAAGGUUUGAUAAGACCGGUGGCCAGCUACCCGCGGGCAAGGCGGAUAAGGCUGAGCCGGGGCGCCAGACCGGCGUCGCAUCCGAUGCCACCGCUUCCCAACUGGCGCCCAAAACAGAAGCACCAGACACAAGACAGUUGUCACCUGUCAAACGAAAGGAGCUGGCUGCCUCAUCACCACAUGGUUUGUUCGCAAAGCCAGGUCCCAACUCACUCUCCCUUCUCCUCUCAGCCCUUUGCCAAACAAAGAAGACGUCGCAUGCGCCAAAGUACUGGGACUACUUUACCCAAGUCCUUGGGGUCCAGCCUGACAAGGACAACUACGGUCGCUACCUCAAGGCCCUCACCAUCGGCCACGCAAGCGCACAGAUGGCCAAGUUGAUGAGCGAAUUUCCCAGCGAGCUGCUGGGUCCCGUCCAUUUCCGUCAAGCCUUCGGCGCCUGCAUCGCCGACGCGCUGAACCCCAACAGCUUCCACAACGCGUGCCAGAUCUUCGACGCCAUGAUGGCCAAGCUGCGCUAUCCAGACCCGCUAUGCAUGCGCUUAUUCCUGCACUCGGCGCGCGAUGGCAGGGCAAAACUCCUCAAGCAGGCCCAAGCCAAAGCCAAGAAGCAGAACAAUCCAGACUCCCUCCCACCAUCCACCGAAGAAGCCGAGAGGGUCACAGACCCCAAGACCGAGAUUGAACAAGCGCAGGGACGGCACCUCCUGGCCGCCGUCGACCGCGCGUGGGAGCCCUUCCGCAGGCUGACCAGCUCCUUCUCGUACCCGGAGGAGGCGACGCGGUCGCCAGAGGAGGCGCUGGCCCUGCAGCGCGCCGAGAUGCAGGAGGGCAUGGCCACGGCGCGCCACAUGAUUUCGGCCGUCGUGUGGGUCCUCGACCACGGCGUCCUCGACCCCGUCAAGGACCGCGAGACCAUCAAGAUCCUCAAGAGCAGGCAAACGGUUCUUAUUCGCCUCAUCCAGCGCUACAAGGCCAAGCUGUACCCCGACGACCAGCCGCAGCAGCAUCAGCAGCGGCAAGAGGGUAAGGGCAAUGCUGAACGGAGGACGGUGCCGGAGGAUCCAGGUGACUGGUGGAAAGUUUAUGCCUAGUUGCUUUUUGCCGGAUGUGUAUACAGGCAAUACUUGUAAGAUGAGUGUAUGCUCAAUUGGAAGAUCUGUUUAGAUAUACUGCACAAUACGAUACCACAGUGUAU